AUAAACAUAAGAAACGUGUUGGAAGGGGAGGGCGCUAGGACCAUGUAGACCCGCAGGAGUCUGGAAUUAGCUGUAUGCUAGCAGAGGCUAGUGCUGUCACAAGGAUUCAUGAACUACAUUUACGACUUAGAUUUUAAUGCUUUAAUUGAGACUUAGUCAUGUCUCAGGUGGAUAAGAAGGCAGGGCUGCUGAGGAGGACAUCAUCCUCUAAAAAACCUUUGAAAGAGAAGGUGGUGCUGAUGUAUGAUGAGAUUUUUGCAAAAGAAGACCCAGCAAAAAACAACCCCCGAUUCUGGGACGAGCUCUUCCUCAUGAAGGUUAACCUGGAGUACUUGGAGUCCAAGUUGGAGAGUGUGGAUGGUGAAGAGGUUCAGCGAAUCCAGGACAACAUCAACUCUCUGUUCCACCACUGUGUCCAGGCGCUGGGGGAGGAGCACCAGAUCAAAGUGGUCAAUGCCCUGCAGACUCUCUGUGCACUUUUCCGAGGGGUCCACCAGAAGAACAAAUCAGCGUCUGGCUUUGACAUCAUCAACAUGCUCAUGGGGUUUGACAAGGCAGAGCAGAGGAUGAAGGAUCUGAUGGAGAGACUAGACAGCCUACUUUGUGGAGACGGCUCAGAGAGUCUGAAGAGCCUUUGUCUUAAACUGCUGCUUUGUCUGGUGACGGUCACAGACAAUAUUAGCCAGAACACUAUCCUGGAAUAUGUUAUGAUCAACAGCAUCUUUGAAGCAAUUCUACAAAUUCUAUCAGACGUGUCCAGUAGAGGGCAGCAUGGAUAUGAUGCUGUGGUCCUCCUAGCCCUCCUGGUCAACUACAGGAAGUAUGAGUCUGUGAAUCCGUACAUUGUGAAGCUCUCCAUUGUGGAUGACGAGCCAACACUAGAUGGAAUGGGAAUGGUUGUUCACCAAGCUCUAACCGAGUAUAACAGGCAGUACAAAAACAAAGAGGAGGAGAACCAGGGUGGGUUCUUCUCAACGCUCACUAGUAUGGUUGGCAACAUGUUUAUAGCAGACGCUGAUGAAAAACUCUCUGUACAGACAAAUGAAGCCAUUCUGCUGGCUCUGUACGAGGCUGUGCACCUGAACCGCAACUUCAUUACUGUAUUGGCGCAGAGCCACCCUGAGAUGGACAUCGCGGCCACACCCACCACCCCUACUCCCACAACGCCUACAACACCACUUGGCACAACGCCGCCCUCUCUAGACAUGAUGAGCAACCCAGAACUGCCCCUGGAUCCCAACUUGCAGACAAGCAACCUCCUCAUCAUCUUCCUCAAGUACGCCUCCAUAGUAAUGCAGGACACUAAAGAUGAGCACCGACUCAACAGUGCCAGACUGUGCCUAAUCAUCCUCACCUGCAUAGCUGAGGACCAGUAUGCUGAUGCCUUUCUUCAUGAUGACAACAUGAACUUUAGAGUCAAUCUCCACAGAAUGCCUAUGAGACACAGGAAAAAAACAGUGGACAAGAACAUCCCCUCACGGCCUCUGGUGUGCGCUGUUUUAGAUCUGAUGGUGGAGUUUAUUGUCACUCAUAUGAUGAAGGACUUCCCCAUGGAUUUGUACUUGCGCUGCGUGCAGAUCAUCCAUAAGCUGCUGUGCUACCAGAAGAAGUGCCGAAUUAGAUUACACUACACCUGGAGAGAACUGUGGUCAGCUCUCAUCAACCUGCUGAAGUUCCUGCUGUCCAAUGAGACCACACUGCUGGCCAAGCACAACAUCUUUCAGCUGGCCUUGCUGGUGGUGAAUCUGUUCAACAUGUUCAUAACGUAUGGUGACACGUUCCUUCCCACCUCUAACAGCUACGAUGAGCUGUAUUAUGAAAUUGUACGAAUGCACCAGGUCUUUGACAACCUCUACUGUAUGGUUUUGAGAGUUUCGACGAACACAGGCCAGUGGAAGGAGGCAGCCAGUAAAGUCACGCACGCCCUUGUCAAUGUUCGGGCCAUCAUUAACCAUUUCAACCCCAAGAUUGAGUCCUAUGCGGCUGUGAACCACAUCUCCCAGCUGUCAGAGGAACAGUGGAAAGUCCCAUGUCUCAUGGGAAGCAGAGAUCAAGGACUUGGAUGUCAGGUUUUGUCAUGAGACACAAGAUCAGAGGUUGCGUUACUGAAAAGCAUCCAGAAAGAAAAGCCUAAAUAAUUUAAACCUUCAGUAAAUGUUUCUGCUUGAUGAUAUAAUUUGAAGUGAUUCAAUUCAAACCCUGCGUAAUUGUCAAAGGAAGACCUGGAGUCUGGACUGACGAAGGCUGAACUAAUGUGACUGCUGCAAGCUCCAUUUAAGACUUUAUCAUUUGUGUCAAAUUGGCGAGGAUCAGAAACCCGCUGGAGGAGUCCUUUUCUUUACAAGCUGAUAAGGGAGUGAUGAAUACGGUCAUUAUACUCCCAGUUACCGCUUCACUGUUAUCUACUAGAUUUAUUCACAACAAAGAGGGGAGGUGAAAUUUAGCUUUAGUGUCACUGAACUGACAGUUAAAUGUUUUCUGCUUGAGCCAUUAACACGACUUUAAUUAGAUCAUAUUUUUUGUGUGAAUGGUUAAUGGUUUAUUCCAGUUAAUUGUAUUGUAAUUUUUUGUCAUUUAAUUAGGAAAUAUAUUGAUAAAGCUGAGCUGAGCUAAACUAAACCAUAUCUCUCUCUGUUGUUAGAUAGAACAAACAGAAUCAAGCUCAAGCUUGUCUAAGCUGAGUGUGGUGGAAUUUGAAAAAGGCAAAAAGUCUGAAGUAGGUAUGUGUCUAAUGGGCUCCGCGUUGGCGGGUAGCAGUUCUCCUGCAGGGAAUUAGCUUCAUGGCUCUAAAAGUAUAAAAGUACUGGUCUUUUAAAACUUUCAGGGCUCUGAAAAUGUGGGUCAGAUGUUGAUACAAAAAGCAAAAGAUAAUGGAAUAAAUGCAGCAAGAACAAAAAGCAAGUUCCAUCUUCCCUCCGGCUGAACGAACAAACAAAAAGCAAAGGCAUGUGUAAAUUUUUAGAAAAAAAAAAGAAAAAAAGCUUUUGACGUCCCAGUGAUGACUGUGUGUGUGUGUGCUUACACACAUUAACCACCUCCUGUAGCUCCGUCCUCCUGGAUCAUCCUCAUUCCCAUCAGUGACACCAGGAGAUGGAUCGCCUCCAGGAAGACGAUGCUGCCGUCCUCUGGCUCUCAGAUGAAGGUUUGGGCCAAAAGCGCACGCAGCAGCCUUUGUGUCCGGACUCCAGGAUGAAUGCGACAACAGCCGUGCACUCUAUCAACAAUACAGUGUCUGCUUAGUGAUGCAGGAGUUUUCCCGUAGUCGUGGCUUCUCACCUAUUCAUCAUGGCUCUCGGUCUCUCUCUGUGCGUCCCGUUCGCCACCAGCGCGGGAAAACGGUCACACAACAGAGGUCACGUCUCCACAGGGGAGGGUGGCACAGAGCAGGGGAUGAGUGGUUCACCAGCCUAUCAGGUUGAAAUGAAAACAACAGCACAUAGAUUCAUUACUGAGAAUAAACAGGAAGAAUAAUGGUUUUCCUCAAUGCUCUGUUAAUACAUGGAAACUGACUGAGUGCACGUGUCUGCAUAAAUGCCUUACAGUCUCACAUGUUAAGUUAACGUCUGUGUGUUUGUGAGGGUAAAAGCAGAAUGUUUAUAGAGCUUUUGCAGGAAAGUGGCUUGAGCGUCUCGCUGUGAGCGUGCCGAGCUUCACGCGGCGUCGCGGGGCCAUUAGUACGAGCAGGAAAAGGUUCGGGUUAGGGGCUAUUUCACGGCUGAGCAGGGAACAGCAGGGGUGGAACGGUGGAGAAUCUCUGCAUAAUUACCUGUGAUUUCAGCCACACUCUGAUGCGAGGCGCUGCUCUAAGAGUGGCGUGCUCACUCGCUGUACACAUUUAUUGAGUUCACAGCGUGAAUAAACUUGUGCUUUAGGUAGUGAUGAACUUCCUGAAGUAGAUUUUUUUAUUGGUUUUAAACAAAUAUGUCAAAGGAACUAGAAAUCGCAAAAUAAAACGCUGAAAAGACAUCACAUUGCAGCUCACGUCUCCCAAGCUGACAGUAACAGCCAUCUUCAUGAUCCCUCAUCAGUAUAUUUGCAUCAAAGUGUUAAACACUCCUUGAUAUUUGUCUUGACUAUAAGAUGCAUUAACAGCAGAUUGUUCUAAUUGCUUUUUAAUGUCAUCC